GGGCUUCCAAGACGAGAAGAUAGGGAAAACUUUUAGGUCUAAUCGCCGAUCCCGUGGACCUCAGUCGAAGGGGACUUUGACUGUUUGUUUUUUCAUUGGCGUCGGACGCUCGGUUUUCGGGGUUAUUAACCCCACAGAAGAGAUAAGAGUCGUUCUGCUUUUCAGUGUGAUGGUCGCCUGAACUCCGAAACAAGAGAAGGGAAAGAGAGAAAGUGCGACAGCCCUCCUUAGCCCCAUGGCCGCUGCUGCCUGCCUUUCGGCCGCCGCCAGCACCUCCGCGGCUUGCUGCCGCUCGACACCAGUUUCUUUUUCUCAAUCCCUACUGGUUGACGUUGGACGUGCAAAUUUAUCUCUACGCUCACCUGCGCCAUGGGCUGCUUCUCAGGCCAUUUGGACGCCGUCUCGUUAAUCCUACUUCGAGCGCCAUUGGCAAAAAGGAACAGUUCUAGGCGGCCGCAAGGGAUCUCGUGGGCUGUGGCUCACGAGGAAGCCGCCCGUGUCGAAGAGAGAGAAGGGGAAGAGGAGAAAGAAGAGGCGGCUCCCUCGCCACCCAAUACCAAGCUUUACUUCGGCAAUCUGCCUUAUAGCUGCGACAGCGCACAGCUGGCGGCGAUCGUCCAAAGUGGAAGCCCAGAACUUGUGGAGGUGCUCUACGACAGAAACACGGGAAAGAGCAGAGGUUUUGCGUUCGUUACAAUGAGCAGCUUCCAAGAUGCUAAUGCCGUGAUCGAGAACCUCGACGGGAGUGAAUACGGAGGUCGAAAUUUGAGGGUGAAUUUCAGCGACAAACCGAAGCCGCGGGAGCCCCUCUAUCCAGAUUCCAGAGACUGAGUUAAGUUGUUCGUGGGCAAUUUGUCAUGGACUGUAAAUUCCGAGAGUUUGAUGGAUAUGUUUAGCGGUUACGGGAAUGUGGUUGGAGCUAGGGUUCUGUACGAUGGGGAGACAGGACGAUCUCGCGGAUACGGUUUUGUUUGUUUUUCUUUCAAAUCCGAGAUGGAAGCUGCACUCGAGUCCUUGAACGGAGUGGAAUUAGAGGGCUGGCGCAUGAGGAUUAGCCUUGCUUUAGGCAAAAGAUCGUGAAGGGGGCGUCCAAAAUGGGGAAACAAGAGUGAUAUACAGAUCAAAGUCGCAAACAGGCUUCUGUUUGUAUAAAGAUCGAAGUCCCAACAUCUCAAGAGAUGUGUAUGUUCUCGGUUGUGGCGAACCGUUGGCAAUUACUGCUGUCUUUAUUUGUUCAGUUGGUUAGCGUCCAACUGCUCACCAGUUAUGAGGUGGAUGAUGUCUUGAUGAAGCCUUCUUUCUAUUUAUUGUUCUUAGAAAACAAAGGGAUGUUUCUCUUGUAU